UUUAGAGAGCCAAGUUGUUUUGGUAAGAGUUUUUUUUUAAUAUCGUGGUCGAGGCUGCUCCAGAGGCGAGAUGCAUGGCUCUGAAGGAUCUCGACAUUGUUUUGGUUUCAUGCAGGGCUGUUAAGAGUCCACGAUUUGAUUCUGAUCGGGUCCCUAGACUGUGACGCGAGCUUUAAAACGUAAAUCGCCGGGAUAAAUAUUGAUGAGUAUUUGCUUUAAGUAUUUUAUGUUGCAUAAGUAAAGCGUUUAGUGAUCGUUGUUGAAGUUGAAUAAGCCUACUCUUUUAUAGUAGUAGUGCAAGUGAUUACGCAAUUUAAGAUUAUAAAUAAAGCUAUUGCAAGUAUUUUGAAUUUUUUGAAAUCGUGUUUCUUGGUAGUAUGCCAUGUCAUUGUAUACUAUGUCACAGUAAUCAAUUAUUGCACGAGUGUUGCUUUCAUACCCACUCACUGACAGGGAAUUAUUUAGACGAUUAAGAUAGAGAAGUACAGAAGUUGCUUUUUUACAAAAAAUGGGUCACAAUUUCCACCCAGGAUAGAUAAUCAUACAGAAUAAUGCCCAAGUUCUUAACAGACCUUAAAAGCUCAACUUUUGUGCCUCCUAAAGUGACGUCUGGAAGGAAAAAAUUUUACACGCUAUGAUUAGAGGUGAAGAACCAAUUAAAAUACCUUGUGUUUUUACUAGAUCAAUAAUAAGACCAGUUUAAUGAGACCACAUUCUAAUUGCUUCAAAAUCACUGUUUAAUUUUUGAAUCAUAGAUACAAUGCAGUUUCUGUAGGCUUCAAUGAGUAAUUAUUGUUAGUCAUCUGCAUAAAGGUGGUAGGUAUUUGGUGUAGGUUAUUUGGCUUGAUAUGUCAUUGUUAAACGUGGAAAAAAGUAAAGGACUAGGAUGAGCCUUUGAGUAAAACCCUCUUCAAUACCUUUACACGUUGAUCGGCGAUCAUCAGAAAUGACACCUUAUUGACGGUCAGCCAUACACUCGAUGAAACAUUCAAAAGGCUACGCAUUUUGGCUAGUAGGAUAUUGUGGUCAACUGUGUCGAAAGCUUUACUAAAAUCGAUUAGUGUCAGUAGCUGUACGUAUUUCUUCGGUUACGUUUAGAAGUGCUGUGCACCUGUUAUGUUCAGGUCGGAAUCCAGAUUGAUAUCCAUCAAGUAGUUUGUUAUUGUGUAUAAACGUAACGAGUUGUUUGGUGUAUAACACGUUCGAGUGCUUUAGAAAAGGCAGGUAGAAUGCUCGUAGGGUUUCACUGCAGGUUUAGAAAUCUUUGCAUUUGGUCGAACCAGCGCACAUUUCCAUCGAGACGGGGAUGUACAUGCGUGAAGCCGCGGACAGCGCAGUGGCGACCUCGAGGGGAUAAGGAUGUUUGCGCGCCUGUUAGCGCCCAGCUCACCGCUGAAGGCUCGGCCAGGCAGUCCACCUCACCCAGCCACUCGGGCAGCAUGCAGGCGGCAGUGCUUCUCUGCCUGCUCGCGGCCUGCGCAGUCGUCGCCCAGGACUGCACCACUCCAGGCCUGCAGUGCGUGGAUGACACCGCUUGCUGCGGUGGAUGCUGUCAGGGCGGGAUGUGCACAUCCACGUACCAGAACUGCGAGUACCAGGAGGACCUAUGCCUGGACCACGCGUGUCCUCCGGGCUUCCAGUGCCGGACCUACCGCGCCGCAGACUGCGAGGGCUGUGCGCUGCAGGCCACCUGCUCGCCCUUCCAAGAUGGCUGAGCUGCCAGCCUCUCUUCAGUAGUACGGACAACUUGAAGCUCUGCACACCACGUGUGCCCGGAUAGGCAGCCACAUUAAAAUUACACGAUGCAAGUGUAGCAAGUGCUCCUUUUUAACGGAUAUACCUAACAAAAAAACCAGUAUAUUUAAUCACGGAAGUUACCAGUCCAACAACCAGUCAAAUGUCUCACCUAAGUAUAUAUGUUACAGCAUAAACCUAAUUUGAAAAUUAUACAAAAUUUAAAUACUAUGGCCAUAUAUAACAAGCUAAAAUUGUAACCGUAUAUUACAUGUUUACAGCUUCUGCAAUAAUAUUAUAGUUAUUUGACAGGCCUGAGGACAUUUAAGAUAUUUAUAAAAAUAAAAAAAGGUAAAAGUAUCAUCCCCAAUAGCAAAAUAUUCCAGUGAACAAAUAAACAACAUGUUAAUGAACACUUGACUACAAAUCUGAGAACCCGUGGAGUUCCCAGUUUGUACUCAUAAAUGGUGGAAAAAUCAUCUAUAUACUUGUAGUAGUAUAAAUUUAAAUAAAUUAAGUACAAAAAGAGUAAA